CGGGAUUCCUCUGUACUUAGAUUUAUUUGCUUUACAGUUGAUGGUGGUUGGGGUGCCUGGGGAAGUUGGUCAGCCUGUAGUCAAACAUGUGGAGGUGCUACGGUUACACGAGAAAGAAACUGCGAUAAUCCCACCCCCCAGAAUGGAGGCAAGCCGUGUGAGCCAAAGGAUGCUAAAGAAGCUAAGACUGACUGUGAUCAACCUUGCGAAAGUAAGUCGCUGAGGUUAUCAUCAUUGCAAUUUCAUUACUGCUUCAACUAUUUGAUAAUUGAGAUGAGAUGGGAUGUAAUAUACCAAACACGAAAGACCGUGUUUGACGACAUUUCCAAAUACCAAAAAAUUACUGACACCACAAAUACUUCUCCAGUUAGUCCGUUAGAUGGUCAGUGGUCCCAAUGGUCAGAGUGGAGUCCCUGUGCAAAAUCAUGUGGAGGAAGUAAAGUUACACGAACAAGAAGCUGCAACAAUCCUCCUCCUCAGCGGGGUGGGGAACACUGUCCUGGAGAAGCUACUGAGAGCUCUUUUGAUUGUGAGACUCCGUGCCCAGGGAUCCAGGAUAUUUCUAACAGAACACACUCGACUAUUGACUGCCUAGAUUCUCUUGACUUGAUGCACAGGUUUUUCAUGCUUCACGUCACUUGCAAAGACUGA